CCGGCGCUGAGCGUCGCGGCGGCCAUUUGCUGACCCGCCGCAGUAUUUGUGUUUACAGAAGGAGGAGAGAGCAGCAUGUCUGAGCUGAGUGAUGAGGCGAGUGAGACAGAGCUUCUGAAUCGCAGCUUGUCGAUGUGGCACGGAUUUGAACAGCUUAUGGGCUGUGCCGACCUGGAUGUUCCACUGGACAUUCACACAGCAGCAUCGAUUGGGCAGUACGACGUAGUCAAAGAAUGGAUCCGUGGAGGAGAGGUGAACGCCAAUCAGAAGAACCAGGGUGGUUGGACUCCCCUGAUGUAUGCGUCGUACAUCGGCCACGAUACCAUCGUCCACCUCUUGCUGGAGGCAGGAGUGGAUGUCAACACGACGACAGAGAGAGGGCAGAGCGCCCUGAUGCUGGCAGCGAGCUGCGGCAAUGAGAGUAUCGCCUAUUUCCUGCUUCAGCAAGGAGCUGAGCUGGAGAUGAAGGAUGACAGGGGCUGGACUGCCCUGUUCCAUUGCACCAGCACUGGGCACCAACAGAUGGUCAAGUUCCUUCUGGACAAUGGGGCGGAUGCAAACUUAAAGGAGCCUACGUAUGGAUUCACACCUCUGAUGGAAGCUGCUGCCUCGGGCCACGAGAUCAUUGUCCAAUACCUCCUGAAUCAUGACGUUCAAGUUGAUGUGAAGGAUGACAAUGGAGAUACCGCCCGCUCCUUGGCUCUGAUGUAUGGAUAUAUGAAGAUAGCAAGUCUCAUUGACCUGCACACUGCCCCAGUGUCCAAGUCAGUCCGCAGGGACAUGGGAAUGGAUGAAGAUUUCAGUUCCUCAGAUGAGUUCUGCCCAUUCCAACUCCGUCAACCACAAGCUCGGCACCCGCAGUCUCGGAGAACCAAAGGUCCAAGCAUUCACGAUGGGCCGCAGGCAUUAGCCCACAUCACCCGCCUUGAAGCUGGCCGAUGGUCACGGCAGUAUGAGUCUCUGCCACCUCAAGGCUACGUCACAUUCGGAAACAACCAGGAUGAAGAUGGAGGGGAUAUCCGGAACCGUGAUGUCACCUCCCCAAUUAACGAGCACGAUGUUGAGAGCAACGGCAGCAGAGAGGAGAAUCCUUUCUGCACCACCGACACCGUGACCAUCCAUAGGAGCAGCGGCAGCAGCAGUGAUGGACUGGCGAGGGCUCAAGGCAUUAGCCGCGAGGGGUCCCUGGAGAGUAACGAGGAUUCCGACCAGCCCAGCAGAAGCUGCAACAGAAGGCAGCUGAGAAGUCGCAGAGGGCAAGCAAGAAGCAGUGAGAGCUCCCAGUCCAGGGAUAGCGAGACUCCCAUCACUCCCAAUCCACGGACACUGAUCCCGCAGGAGGACGGGGAGAAGUACCAAGGACCUAAGGAUUUGCCGGAGUUUCUGGAGCAGAUCGGUUGUCUGAAGUAUCUUCACAUCCUUGAGGAGCAGGACGUGGAUCUGCGAAUAUUCCUCACGCUGACCGAGAGUGACCUGAAGGAAGUGGGCAUCACGUUAUUUGGACCCAAAAGGAAGAUGACGGCAGCAAUCGCCCGCUGGCACAGUAAUGCUCUCCCCCUCAGCAACAGCCUGGAGCAGGUCUACGCAGACCGGCUGGAAACGGAGAUGCAGGAAAUGGCCAUUCAGCUUCAUAAGAAAUGUGAGGAAGUGGAAAUGCUAACGGGACGCGUGUCACAGGAGCAGGAGCUGCGGGCUGUGGUUGAAGGGUUCUUAAUGGAAGAUAAAAUGGCCUGGAAGCAGCAACAGAAGCAGAUCGAGGCGGCACAAGGGGUCUGUCGUGAGACAACCAUCAUCCUUGAGCAAAUCAGAGCCUGCCAGUCUGAGCUACUGAACCGAUUCACGGAUAGGAGUGGACAGCAGAGGAAAGCAGAGGUUCUGCAGGUGCCACGAAGCACAGAAGAAGAAGGCCUGGCUGAUUGGAAAUCUGUUCUGGGAUCCCUGAGCAUACUGGAGCUCAGCACAACGCUGAAAGAAUGCACACUAGAAAUGGGUAAAGCUGUACAAAGAAUUGAAAAGAAUCUGGAGACCCUGCUGAAUGCAGACAAGAAAAGGACAGAGUGGGCACAGAAUGCCGAUAUCUGACAGAUCCUUCGCUGUUGGAUUGCCGAGGGAUUCGUCGAAUCCAGUAUUCGCUGACGACGGAGGGUGAAGUGCCACCCUGGAGAAAAGCAGCUUUUCUGUGCUGGCUCCUGACUGAGGGACAGACGGGAGAGUGAAACUGCUGGGCUCUGGCCCAGGCAGUGACGUACAGGACCGGGAGCAGCUCCUGUGAUGCAGCAUAGCGAUGGGGAGAUGACUGUUCUCAGCACAGGCAGGCACCCUGUCACCUGGCUCUCUCCAUGACAGGCCCUGGAGAUGGUGGUGGUUCAGCCAGUCCUCAGCAGGAGGUUCCGGUACGGUGCAGACUGAGGGAACAGGUUCCUGAUCCCACACUCCCACCAACGUGUUACAUGCACUGAGGAAUGUCUUUGCUGAAAUCUGGAAGCUUCAGCCCUCAGGGCAGCCGCGAAACCAUCAGCCAGCGGUAUGUGGGGUAACUGGAGACCUGUUGUUUAACACUACACACGGACUGAUGCCUGCGCUGUCACCUUGCAGAAAGUGGGACCUAGACCAGUCAACCACCUCAACCAAUGAACUGUGACAUUCCAGGGAACACGGCCUGGACCAAUGAGCUGUGACUUUACAUAACAGGCCGCAACUUAUGAAGAAACCAUUUGAUUACUGAAUAAACAAGUUCCAUGUGACUGAGGCAGGAUAUGAUGCUGCCAAUGUGCUGUGUGUGGGUCUGUACCAGCAAUGUUAACCACAGGCACCCACAGCUCACGUCAACGUUAACCACGGGCACCCACAACUCACGUUUCCUUGGUUUCAUUGGA